UGCGAUGCACUAGAUAACGUGUGUUAGUGCACAGCUGUCAGAUUAGGUUGGAACUAGGAUGUGUGAAAGCUUAAAGAUUAAUUUAUCUCCACUUGGGUGUUCCCAACACUACGUUCAGAGGACUCACUUGCUCCUUCCUUCACUUCCCAGAGAUGAUCGAAUUUGGGCAGAUUUUAUCAGCUGUAGGGGAGUUUGAGACGUUCCAGAAACGCCUGCUUCUGGCCGUGUGCAUUCCUAAUGUCUUCACAGCAUUCCACAUGUUCAGUCAGGUCUUCACUGGACUUAAUUUUCCACACAACUGCAACACUGAUUGGAUCCUCAAACAAGGGCCUAACUUGACUUUAGAGGAGCAGCUUAAUUUGACGAUCCCUGUGGAUCCUGCAGGUGGGUAUGAGACGUGUAAAAUGUUCACACCUGUUGAACUUGACCUUGAAACCAUUAAAGCAUAUGGAAUAAAUGGAACAGAAGAAUGCAUGGAUGGCUGGACCUACCAUGCACCUCCAGACAGUAGCACUCUGAUCACUGAGUUUAACCUGGUGUGCGACAGUAAGCGCCUCAGUGAAGCCUCCCAGUCCAUCUACAUGACGGGUCUUCUCGUCGGAGCACUCGUCUUUGGGUCAAUGGCAGACAAGUACGGUCGGCGUUUGGUCACACUGUUCUCGCUGACUCUGCAGUUCCUGUUUGGUGUGGGCGCAGCCUUCUCCCCCAAUUUCUACGUCUACGUGGCGCUGCGCUUUGUGGUUGGAACAAGUAUUUCCGGUAUCUCCAUAAAUACCUACGUCUUAGGCACAGAAUGGUGUGGCACAUCCAGACGGGCCCUUUUCACCAUCCUGUCGCACUGCUGCUAUGCUCUGGGCCUGAUGCUGCUGUCGGGGGUGGCCUAUGGUAUCCGCAACUGGAGGGUCCUGCAGCUGGUUCUAUCGGCUCCCACGCUGCUCCUCUGUGUCUACUACUGGAUCCUUCCGGAGUCGGCUCGAUGGCUUCUCACACAGGGGCGGCAGGAGGAGGCCAAGAAGACGAUCCUGAAUGCAGCCCGAGUCAACAGAAGGAAAAUCCCAGAAUAUCUUCUUGACAAGCUGGAGGCGGAGAACACAACCAGAACCGGCAACAUGCUGGACCUGUUCAGAGUGAAAGAUUUGAGGAAGAGGGCUCUCAUCUUGAGCUAUAUCUGGUUUGUGACCAGCCUGGUCUACUAUGGAGUCAGUUUGAACGUGGGGAACUUUGGCCUGGACAUCUACGUGACUCAGCUGAUUUUCGGCAUCGCUGAGAUUCCUGCCCGCCUCGGAUGUUUCCCACUCAUCGAGUAUUUUGGCCGGAAAAUAUGCCAGUGCGUAGUGCUACUGCUCGGGGGGACGGCCUGCCUGGUGAUCCUCGCCAUCCCAACAGAGUUCCCUGUGGUGGUCACAGUCAUUGCAGUGAUAGGAAAAUUCUCACUUGCUGCAUCAUUUUCUAUAGUGUAUGUUUACACUGCAGAACUCUAUCCCACUGUGGUGAGACAGAAUGGGAUUGGGCUAAACUCCAUGUGUGCCCGUGUGGCUGGGAUUCUGGCCCCUCUCAUUGGCCUGCUGGCUGUCUAUCACCAUGCCAUCCCCAUGGCGAUUUAUGGCUGCCUUCCAUUUGUGGGUGGAGCACUUUGUUUCAUGCUCCCAGAGACCCUGAACACAGAGCUACUGGAUCACACUGAUGCUUUCAAAUCCCAGGACAUGUACAAGGAAGGAAGUGUUGCAAAUGGAGCAUCUGACGAAACAGUUAAGAGAACCAAAUUAUGAGAGGUUUCUUUGUUAAAUUAUUUCUAACAUACACGUGUCGUUACUGAAAACUAUCUACUACUAAAUGUAUAUCUAAAAAAUAUUCAGCAACUGUAAUCAUAAUCAGUCAAUCAGAUUGCAGCUUCAACAAAUGUGCCCCAUAUGUAAAAUGUGAUUUCUUUUACCCAGAAGGCACCAGUAUUGGUGUUACUGUCCCCAUAACAAGUACGCAGCAGCAGUUCAUAUAUGCUUUUGCUGUUUUUUGCAAUAAUGUUUAAUUUUAUACUUUGUCCUUUGACAUAUUUUCGAAGUUUUGAGGGUUCAAAACUGUACAUGUGCUCACUUGAGUACAAUGGAUUUAUACCAAAAAGAAAAAUAAAUGCAAAGUACAAAUAAACAAACAUUAAUUCAUUGAA